AAAUUGCCCAACAAAAAAUGGUGGUUGGUUUGUUAUCGUUCCCAAACAAUAAUAUCGGGAGCGAUAUCGUAAAUAGUUGUGACAUGUAAAUUUCAAUUAAAGUAACUACAAUCAAUCCUUCUAAAACAAAAAGGUUGUAAUUGUUACAUGCUAAUUACUGUUAAUUACUGUUAAUAAACCGUCAAACGUUAAAACGCACGAGAAAAGGCUUCACUGAAACACGUUUAAGCGGUCCUCAUCCUCAUAGAUGAUCUAAUCUUCAUCAAAUAUGCGGAAUCUCAAACGAUGUGUGAAUUUUGUAGAAUCUAAAAAAGAUUCACAAAUUCGUGGGCUUCGUGUAUGUGAUUUUGUGCUCGGUAGCAUCAGUUCUAUCCGAACCGCUCGAAGAAGCAGUUCUAAAAGUGUGUCCUCCUCUUUCCAAGUCGGCUCAGUAUUCGUGUGUGUUUUAAGAUUAGCGUCUAAUAUUGGCCACAUCGAGUGCUAAACUAAAAACCGGUUUUAUGGUGUACGGUGCAGGGAACGAGCUCUUUCUCUCUCUCUCUCUCUCUCUCUCUCUCUGCGAUAAUGAAACCGAGGUGCGUCGGAUUGUUUCUAGUGCUGUGUUUGGUGAUUGUACGAUGUCAGGAAGAUGUCAUAAGGACAUGCACCGAUGGAGAGUGUGUGAGACCGUUCGAGUGUCGCAACGGGGAGCUGGAAGACGAUGGUGCGAACGUUAUUGAUAUUCGUUUCAACCCAGAAAACGAGUGUGUCGACUAUCUGCUAAAAUGCUGCCCUUAUCCGAAAGAUGAGGACGAUGACGAGCUCGAGGUACCCCCAUCUUUUCAAGCGGUUAACCCGGUUGUGGCAUUAUCUACAACAGAACGUGCGUCUACUACUGCGAAAAGUACUACUACGGGCAGCUUUGAAGACUCCGAGAUCGAGAUUCCUCCACCAAGUGCUAUAGAUCGAACCAAACCUGAGCCUCCGAAACCAACGAACAUAAGGGUCGGCGCAGCAAUAGAAUGUGGUGUGCGCAAUGUGGCCGGUGUCAAAAUCCGCAUCACCGGCAACAAGGAUGGUGAAGCGCAGUACGGAGAGUUCCCGUGGAUGGCAGCGAUUUACAAGGAGGAGAAAGCCCUGGAUCAGAUGAUCGUUCUAUACCAGUGCGAUGGUUCGCUCAUCCACCCGGCGGUCAUUCUGACGACGGCCCACUGUGUCCAGAAUACGAAAGCAGCGGAGCUGAAGGUGCGACUCGGCGAGUGGGAUACACAGACCACGAAUGAAGCUUACCCAACACAGAAUCGUGACGUCGUAGAGAUCGAGUCUCACCCCGAGUAUUACAAAGGAGGCCUCUUCAAUGAUGUGGCCCUACUGUACCUGAACAAACCGGUCGAGCUAACGGAGGUGGUCAACACGAUCUGCUUGCCGCCAGUGAACUACAACUUUGACAAAUCCAACUGCUUUGCUUCCGGCUGGGGCAAGGAUGUGUUCGGCAAAGCAGGCAUUUAUCAGGUGAUUCUCAAGAAGACCGCACUAGCGGUCGUGCCUCGCGGACCGUGCCAGAGAGCGUUGCGUACGACACGGCUCGGACGCCGGUUUAAGCUGCACUCGAGCUUCAUCUGUGCCGGGGGUGAGAAGGGCCGUGACACUUGCAAGGGUGAUGGAGGCUCACCACUGGUCUGCCCGAUCCCGGGCACAAGCGAUCGUUACUAUCAGGCCGGUAUGGUUGCGUGGGGUAUUGGGUGCGGCGAGGACGGAAUCCCCGGUGUGUACGUGAAUGUGCCCAUGUUUCGCGGAUGGGUCGACGAUCAUCUACGGCAGAGAAAUAUUUCUUCCAGCCCUUAUCAAUACUAGUGAAGAGUUGAAAUAUUUCGACAACAAUGGAAACCUAAGCUGUUUAGAAAAUGGGUUGUAUCUAACAUUGCUUAUGUGAUUUUUUUUGAUUGAAACUAAUAAAUUAAACAUGAUUGCACACGUCUCAUGAUGUGUCGCCCCGUA